AUGGCACGCUCUUUAGCAACUUGCUUGGCAUGGUGUCUUGCCACAGCAAACGUGUUCGCGGCACCAAGCCUCAAGAGUUGUCUCUUGGCAUCAGUUAAUGGACAGACUGAGAGGGCCAGAUUUUCUGGUGACACCGGGUUUCAAACAGACCAUGUCCGUCCUUACAACCUCAAUCUCCCAUACGAACCAUUUGCUAUUAUCUAUCCCAUCAAUGCUUCAGAGGUCUCGAGCAUUGUCGUGUGCGCUUCCAAGUACAAUCGCAAGAUUCAAGCAAGAAGUGGCGGGCAUGACUACACGAACAAAGGCAUUGGUGGAAACGAUGGUGCCGUCGUGGUGGACCUCAAACAUGUCAACCAUGUCCAAGUCGACUCAAGCGGCGUAGCCAAUGUUGGGGCUGGCAAUCGACUCAAAGAUGUCUGCGAGAAGCUCCAUUCUGCUGGCAAGAGAUACAUGCCUCAUGGAUCUUCGCCCACUGUGGGAAUUGGCGGUCAUGCAACUGUCGGUGGUCUCGGACUUCACAGCCGACUUCUUGGCACCUCGCUCGACGUCAUGACGAGUGCGGAGAUUGUCCUUGCCGACGGCACCGUCGUAACCGCCUCCAAGACGCAACAUCCAGAUAUCUUCUGGGCCCUUCGGGGAGCCGGUGUAAGCUUUGGCAUCGUCACGAGUUUCUCCUUCCAGACCUAUCCUGAACCUGAAGAGGCGGUCAACUUCGCAUUUACUGUGUCAUCUGAGGACCCAGCACAGCUCUCCAACGCCUUCAAAGCCUAUCAUGAAAUCACCACUGAUAAAUCACUUGAUCCGCGGCUCUCCUCUGUGGCUAUCAUCGGCAAGGGCUCUGUCCUAAUCAGUGGGGUUUUCUUUGGCGCAGAAGCAGACUACAAAGCCCUCGACUUCGGGAGCCGCAUUCCUGGUAUAACUGAGCGCAACAUUGUUGCUGGACUGAGCUGGAUGGGACAUAUGAACCGCACUUUCGAGAGCAUAUCCAACAUCUUCCCAGAACAGUCAUACUUUUACGCCAAGGACACGGCCAUUGGCUACUCAAGCUUGCCCAGCAACGACAGUAUUGACUCCGUGCUCGAGUACCUACAGAACUCAGACUCCGGAUCCAAGAGCUGGUUUGUUUUGGUCGAUCUCUAUGGAGGCGCUGUGAACGAUGUAUCUAGCGACGCCACGGCAUUCCCUCACCGCGACCUUGCCUACUUUUUCGCCUUGUAUGCUCAGACCGAGUCGGAGACGUCACAGACUGCGCACGAAUUUGCCGACAAGGCCGUUUUUAUCUACCAAGGUAGACAACCUGAGAAGUAUCUGUCGUAUGCCGGCUACACCAACUUGAGGAUUAAGGGAAGCGCACAGAAGAAGUACUGGGGCAAGAACCUCGCAAGACUGGAGAAGAUAAAGACUACAGUCGAUCCGAAGGAUGUUUUCUCUUCGCCUCAGGGCGUAAAGCCACGUGGAGGUAAAUUCUAG